GUCAUUUUCAAGGAUUUUGCGUGGUUUUCGCUGCGCUAAUGUUUUGGUUCAUAAUCAUUCAGUGCUCGAAUUAGACAGGAGAAUGCCUUCCAAACAAAGUGAUAAUGUCGGUUUAUGGAAACCCUCCAAAGCAAGAUACGAAUUUCGAAGAAAUCCCGAGUGGCAGGGGAAAACAAGUUCCGGAUUUUGCAUGGGUUACCUUCAGGCGAAUUUAGCGAUUCUUCCAAGUUCUUUGGCGAAGGAUUUUCAACGUUUUUGCGAGCUUAACAAUGCUCCAUGUCCGUUAUUGUACAGAAGCAAAACUGGUGAACUAUCAGCUGGAUUUCUUGCUCCUGACUCUGAUGUAAGGUACAAUGAAAGCUCCCAGCCCUAAUGAAUCGCCUUGCCCAUAUAGGACAAGUAAUUCAUGGUAGACUACCAUGAAUUACUUGCCACUUAAUAAUAGGUUCGGGAAUGGGUUGGUUACCGUGGUGGGGAAAGGGUUCUGCUUCAGUCAAAAAGGGCAAAGGAAAGUAUAUCCAUUUAUAGCCAGUUUAAAAUAAACCAAACGUUUCCGUUUAUACAACGCUGAUUUACAUGUCACAUUUUUAUUCGUAAGGCUAACCUAUAUGAGGUGAAUCCUGAGUUCUGAUAGGCUACACAAGUUGGCCAGGUGGGCCAGCUCAGGAUUAACCACUUUAUCCCAUGGGAAAAGAUUUUGUUUUGGGUAUAUUAUGAAUAUCUUUAUUGACAAAGCUUGUUCAGCCAAGAUGGCUUGGAUAUUGGCCUCUGACUCUUAUUUUGCAUAAGUUAACCUCGACUUUGUCUUAUAAUGCACAAAAAUGGAUAAAAAGAACUUGGCCAAUAUCGCAUGUCCAGCCAUCUUAACGAAUGCAUACUUGGUCAGUAAUGCAUUUACUGUUAACUCUGAAACACUGCAUUUCCUCCCCAACAGGCACAAAUUCACACUGCCUUGAAGAAAAUGACGAGAUUCCUUACUAUUUACAAAUCUUAUGUACCUGUAGCUUGUUCUGCAAUAAACCGUUUCCUGGUAUUUUUAACUUUUGAUGUGGACAAGAUACAGAAAAUCUGUCUACACCUCUGGAAAGAGCACCUUGAUAGUAGGAAAAUUGCCAAAUUUGAAACUGGUACGUCUUAAACAAGCAAAGAUUAAGCUCCCCAAUUUGCGAAAAUUUACAGAUGUUUGUAUGCUGGGGCCGGGGCAAGUUUGUGCGCCCAAACAUACAUAUUUUUGUAAAAUUUAGGGAUUUUGAGGAACUAUAUCUUCAUCAGUGUUCACCAAAUCACUUUCAAACUGACUCAGUUUCUUGUCAUCUGUUGCUAAGGAUAACAAGGAUGGACAUGGCCCAGGGGGAGGGGGGACUUCAUGUGUGAAAAUAACAUGUUAUCUUCACAUGUGAAAAUAUCACCAUUGCUAUGGCUUCAUAAUAAACCGCACCUUUCAGACCAAAAACUAUUGAAGUAAAAUGGUUUGGCAUUUCAUUGGUGUUUAUAUAAUAAAUAGGACAUUACAUGGUUGCUUGGAGAUAUGAAAUUUCUCUUCGCAUGUUGAGAAAAAUAUUUCACUCGUUCACUGCGCUCACUCAUGAAAUAUUUUUCAACACUUGAAGAGAAAUUUCAUAUCUCCGGGCGGCCAUGUAAUAUCUUCUAUUGGUCAAUGCUUCCUGAUGAAGUUUGUUUGAUAUCUGCUAGGCAUAAUAUCGUGUAUGGGUGAUAGCACUAAAUAACCACCUUAUCUCAGAAUUGCAAUAUCCUUUUGUCAUAACUGUUAAGGGGUCAAAAUUAUAUUCAGUUUGAAUUUUUUAACCUACAAUCUUGGACAAAGUAUUGAGAAUUUUGCACUUUCUUACAUACAGAACUCCUAUCUCGCGGAUAAUUUUGGUACUGCUAUGGCCCCCAUCCUUGGCCCCACCCUGGUCAAAGUUGUUUAGUCAGAGGUUAUCCAGCUGAACUUCAACAUUGUGUUUUUUUGGGGGGGGGAAUGGAGGGCAGUAUUUGUAGUUGCCAGUGCUUUCAUUUUUCUCAACCUUUUUUUGUCCAAGAUUGUAGACUGAUUCUCAUUCACGAGUUUAACGAAUUAGGGCUAGGAGACAAAGGAAAUUGAAAUUUAACCUAGGUUAGAAAAUUGCAACCUGAAUAUAUUUUUUACUUUAACAUAGCCCCCUUAAUUUAAUUCCAUCUGUGCCACAUAUUUGCUGCAAUAUGGGGGAAGAGUGACCCAUCCCAGGACACAAGCAUACUUGUAACCAAGGGAGACAUAAACCGUACAAACCUUUUUCUUUUGCUUCAACUCAUUAUCUCUUUACUUUAACAAGGGGCUAGUAUUUGAGAUGUCACUCUUUUGAAUCCUUUUACAGUGGCAAAGUAACUUUUGAACUCCAUGGUGAUUGAACAAUUUUUGCCUUUUUUUCUUUGUUGGAGCCGGUAUUGUGUCAGUGAGUAUCAACUUGAAACUCACUGACAAUACUACAAUGAAUAUAAAUAUUUCUUCAGUGUUUGGAGACUUAACAUUUGAUCAGCGAAUUUUGCAAAAUAACAUUCAUGUGUUUUUUUUCUAAAUUACACUUUCAGGACUGACCUUCAGUUAUACUGUAUCUCUAAAGAUGGAAACAUCGACACCAUGAAAUCCAGCAGCCUUAGCGACUACUCAUUAGAUGAUUACGUGUCAUUUUAUCUUGGGUGUAGCUUUUCCUUUGAGGAAGCAAUGAUAAAAGCAGGAAUUCCUCUUCAAAACGUCGCUGAGAAAAGGAAUGUUUCAAUGUUUAUCACUAACAUUCAAUGUAAGCCCGCAGGGCCAUUUUCUUGUCCAAUGGUUGUUUCAAUGCGUCCCAUUCCAAGAGGGCUUGUAGAAAAAGCAGUCAUUGUUACAGCAGCUUAUGAUGCAGUUCACGGAGCACCAAUUCAUGUUGGAGAUCCAUCUGUUAUAGGAAUAGAUGACAUUAACAACACAGACUUUGGUGAACCUUCAGACAUUGGUGAUCUUAUACCCAUGUUUUGGGCUUGUGGUGUAACAUCAUCACUAGCAGUAAGAUCAGCAAGUAAGAAACGUUUUGUUAAGCUUCGCCUGUACACUGCUGUCUUGUUUUAUUUUUAUUUUCCUUCUUUUUGAAAACAUCGGCGAGCAGAGAGCAAGAACGAAAAAUAAAGUCUAUAAUUUUCUUAUUUCCCACAACUACCCCCUUGUGCUGGCAGUCCAUAAAUCCCCUGCUCACUAUGUUUUUUAUAACACAUGCUAGAUGGACUUUGAAGAGGAAACAGAGGGUCUGUGGACAGGCUUUGUUAAGCUAACAAAUAAACAAAUAUAGAUACCAUUUUAUGCUAGUGCAUCUGUUCAGUUAUAGAUUACAAAAGACAUCAAAAGGUGAUAUGAACAAGUGUCAGGUACAUUGAGUGUCGUCUUCUUUAAGAUACCACUAAUUAAAAUAGAAAAUCUCUUUUAAAGCAAUUUUAAAUGAAGUUAAUUUUUUCCGGUUUGCAGAACCUUCACUGUGCUUCAGCCAUAGUCCUGGUUCAAUGUUUAUUGCAGACAUUUCUGUUGAGGAAUAUUUCAAACUCCAUAAACCACAACAUGGUGAUGAACAACCGAGGCUUAUCACUCUGACAGAUCAACCCUACCUUGCUUCUGUCUGUUCUGACAGUGUGCUGAUGAAAGUAGAAGAUCUGGCUAAAAUAUCUGCUGACCCAAGCAACACUGGAAGUACAAAAGACGUUGGGGUGACUAGUGAAUUCUUGAAGAGUGCAGUGAGAUUAUCCCAUGCCCCAUCUGUUGUUAUUGGCUUUCUUGGAGGAAGUGAAACCUCUGUAGAUUAUAUCCAGGGAGUGAUGGCUCUUGUCAAAGCUCUUCAAGCCUUGAACAAGCAAAUAACUGUUGUUAUGCCACAAAAUUCACAACAAUUUCAGGAUAACAUUGAAGCAUAUGCAUCCCAAGGACAAAUCUCCAAAGACAAUUUCCGUGUGGUUAAAUGUGAUAGGAAUUGUGAUGUUAGCGAGGCAGUCUUUCAGGGUGAAAUAAAUCACAGGCGUGACACAGUGAUUGCAUUUCAGCUUACCAGAACCUCUGAAAAGGCUGACUUUAAAGAUCCAGUGGAUAGUUUUUUCCAAGAAGGUGGUUAAUUUUUUUGUUUGAAUGUACAUACGUUUACCCUUUCCUUAAAUUAAAGUACUUUGUUCAACUAAGUAAGAAGCAUGAAGAAGGAAAAAUUCUGGAUUUUUGUCAAUACAUUAAUUUUUGUUCCUGAUAUCUGUGAAAAUGCAGCUGAUUUUUAGAAAAACCAUUUACUAGGUUUAAAAGAUGGUGUACAAUUAAUGACACUUUACUUCUAAUGUAUCCAUUAUAUCCCAUGGACUCUUUCUUUCUGUCACUGCUCUCAUUCAGGACAAUUUUCUUUUUCACUAUAUGGUACAUGCUUUCCACAGCAAUGUAAUGUUGAUCCUAGCAGUAUGCUUAUCCUGGAUGCACCACACAUGCACCAAGGAUAUGCCCUGAAUUUACUCAAACUUUAUUAAUUUUUGUGCUUUUCUCAAGCAGUAAGGAGCCAGGAAAAUGGAAUUGUGUCCAUAAAGAUCACUGAAGUUGAAACUAUCCCAUCAGUAGAUCAAGCCAUGGACAGCCACACAUUGGUCACCAGCUCAUUGAAGGUAGCUGGGUGUGGUCUUGCUGCUGCUCUCUAUGUUCUUAACAAGUGUCCAAUUCACUCACGAUAUGUGCAGCGUGGUAUUGGGAAGAAACAAGUAUAUCAAGUUGAACAGUUUAAGCUGCGUGGCGUUGAGGUACAAAUGCUUAAAUUGAGAGCUUUUCAGCAAUGGUGUAGGUGUGACCUUUGAUGUUGGCAGUUGACAAAACCAGGAUUGGACCAGAUCGAACAACUUGUAACCCUAUCCCCAACCUUUUACCAUUAGUGAGUUACAGGGAUUAAUUCAAUUCAGUCCAAUCCAGGUCUUGUUACCCUUUUUUAUGUUCUUAUGAUACCAACUGAAAGCUAAAUAAGCAGUGCUCUUCUGUUAACCCUUUAAGUCCCAAUAGUGACUAACGUCAAUUUUCUCCUAACGAUAUCCAUACAAUGUCAAGCGAUUAGGUUAUGAGAAUUAAUAAAAUGAUCACCUAAGGAAAAAUGCCCUGAUCUUUUAUCAAAUUCUCUCAACUCAUUCAUGAAGGAAAUGUAUGGAGAUCAGUUUGGAGAAUUUGUAUGUGGAUAUUGGGGCUCAAAGGGUCAAACUCUAACCAUUUAUGUGACAGAUAUUUGAUUACAGAUGUUUGUGUAGUAUGUGGUUGGUGGGGCAAGUUUGUGAUCCUCUGUCUGUCCUGCUUCAUGCAGGUUAAUGUGAAAAUAUUACUCUGACAUGAACUUCCUCUCCCCUGCCGCACCAUAAAAACAUCUGUAAAAUUUGGCAACCUUUCCAGUGCUGCACCUUUGUUAGUUUUCAACAGAUCACUUUUAAACUUGCAGGACAAUGUAACUUAUUUAAGGCAUUCUUUAAAGUAGUGUUAACAGAUUUUUGCGAGCUAUUCCAAGUGAGAAGAUGAAAAAAGAAAAUCAUGGAAGUGGUUGUUGAACCACAAUAACAUAUGCACCAUUUCAUUGGCUCCAAAUCCUGAUGGAAAGAUCAACUCUGUAACGUGUUAUGCUGGUGCAUCAGUGUUACCUUUAAGUGAUUGUCAAAGACACUUUUAUUUUAGACUGCAAAACAGUCGGUUUUUUUCUCAAAAUCAGUAAAGAAAUCGGUAAAGCGUGGCGUAAGAAUCUUACGCGCGCGAAGCGCGCGAGCCUCACACGCCCGUCGGGCGUGUGAGGCGAGUCUCGCUCUCUGUUUUCAGCCUCAUUCCAGACCUUUUGUUUGACUGCUCGCGCGUACUUGAAUACGCAAAAAUACGGACUGUUUUGCAGUCUACUUUUAUUUUGUCUAAUGACUCCUACUAUCUUUUGUCUUAUAGGAAGAAGUUUGCAGCCGUAUGUUCCAGAUUGUAACAGGAAGUUGAUGUACCAUAAUCUGUUUAUUUGUCUCCAUUUUUUCUUUUGCAACCACAACCCACUCUGAUAUAAAAGUGACUAGUUCACCUAAAACUAAUCAAAUAAUUAUAAUUGAGAUAUUAUUCUAGGUUUUUUUGGAACAGAGGGGAAGUCUACGUACAACACAUGGAAAGUUUCUCUCUGCGAACACUUUUACUAGCCGUCAUAUUUAAAAGUACGUUAUCUCUCCGGGAGAGGGUACUCAAGAGACGUUCAGUUAGAAGUGUGCCUCCAUGUCUUCUAACCCCUUCCCUCUUUAAAUAAAGACGCCCUGUUGAGGACGCUAAAUAGUGAAAUUGUAUACCCUGUUUAAAACUCCCGGCAGACGGUGAAAACCAUACCCCCUCACAGCGAGACAUACCCCACUAUCACUCCCAAGUAGCUCACCGUGCGCGUUAGGAGCGAAGACGACUGGGGACGAGUCAGCGU